CAAUUUCAGAUUUUCUUCUUCCUUUUCCAUCUUCCGUAUUUUAUCUUCCUUCUCAUGCCUUAACCCCUGAUCUUUUUUUUCUUCUCUCUCUUUCUCUUCGAUUCCGUCAAAAUCCCAGUUCCUAAAUCCUCGGUUUUGUGAUGCCUACUUGGUGGGUGAGAAAAUCCGGCAAGAACAAAGACGAUAAUCACCUUGUUCAGAGCCAAACUCGUUGUGUUGUCGACAAGAGUAGCAGAAGAAUCUCCGUUGAUAAAAAAGGCAACGGUGAUCCUCCCGUCACUCCUUCUCGCUGUACCCCUCGUUGCAGUCGUGAAUUCGCCGGAGCCUCUGGAUUCUCCGGCUUCGAUUCCGACGAGAAGAAAUAUCAUCCUCUUCCUCGCCCAUCGCUCUCUUCUUCAGUUCCUAACGAUCACGUAAGCGGAUCGGUUUCCGGAUCGGCUUCUGUUUCCAGCGUUAGCUCAUCUGGAUCAGCUGAAGAUCAGAGUCAACUCACUAGUUCUAGGGGGCAUUGUGAUGUGAAAUCCAACGCAGUAGCAGCUUCUCCAAAGGCUGGAACUAGACCAACGUCUCCACUGCAUAAUCGAUUGUCUGGUAUGAGCUUAGAGUCUUCGACAGGGAGGAAUGAUGAUGGAAGGUCCUCUGAGUACCACCCUUUGCCUCUGCCGCCGGGUUCUCCUACAAGCCCCACUGUCGUGCUGCCGAGUUCUCCUACAAGCCCUUCUGGUGUGCAAGGGUCCUGGAUUGGAGGAGGGCCAGAGAUGUCUCCUCUGGGGUUUUCCAAGUGGAAGAAAGGGAAGUUUAUAGGGAGUGGCACUUUUGGGCGGGUCUAUCAAGGGUUCAACAGUGAAAAAGGAAAAAUUUGUGCUAUUAAAGAGGUCAAGGUCAUUUCAGACGACAAAAACUCAAAAGAAUGUCUGAAGCAACUAAAUCAGGAGAUAAAUGUGCUGAGCCAGCUUUGUCAUCCAAAUAUUGUUCAGUAUUACGGAAGUGAAUUGAGUGAAGAAACCUUGUCCGUCUACUUGGAGUAUGUGUCAGGUGGCUCAAUCCAUAAACUACUCACGGAGUAUGGUCCUUUCACUGAACCUGUUAUCCAAAACUACACGCGGCAGAUUCUCGCGGGGCUUGCCUAUUUACAUGGACGAAAUACAGUGCAUAGGGACAUCAAAGGAGCAAAUAUAUUAGUGGAUCCGGAUGGGGAAAUCAAGUUGGCAGACUUUGGCAUGGCCAAACAUGUAACAGCCUAUUCUACUAUGCUUUCUUUCACUGGGAGUCCUUAUUGGAUGGCACCCGAGGUUGUGAUGCACAAAAAUGGCUACACUCUUGCAGUCGAUGUGUGGAGUUUGGGUUGUACUAUUCUUGAAAUGGCAACGGCAAAGCCACCUUGGAGCCAGUUUGAAGGGGUUGCUGCGAUUUUCAAAAUCGGGAACAGCAAAGACAUGCCAGAAAUACCUGAUCACCUUUCAAAUGAUGCGAAGAAUUUUAUAAGGCUUUGUCUGCAGCGAAAUCCGACAGUACGCCCUACAGCUUCUCAGCUUUUAGAACACCCUUUUCUACGUGGGCCAUCAACAAGAGUGGCUAAUACUAGCAUGCCCAAAGAUGCGUCCCCACGUUUCUAUGAUGGAAGCUGCAUUCAGCCUACAAGGGAACCACCCUAUUCAGGAAGACAUCCCGUCUUUCAUACUAUAAAGAGCCCGAGUAGAGAAAACGUAAGAGCUAUCACAUCGUUACCAGUAUCUCCAUGUUCAAGCCCUUUACGCCAACUUGGGCCGGCAUACAAGAGUUGUUUCCUGUCACCUCCUCACCCGUCUUACGCAUUUCCUGUGCAAGACAGUGGGUACAACCUAGCGGAGUUUGCUGCAAGCCCUUUUAGAUUCAAGAAAGACACAAUGAUGGAACCAUCUAGUUACAGGGCUCAAGCGCCAAAUUCUCCUCUGAGAUCAAGACUGGUGUAGGAAUGGAAGCAAAGAUUCAGAUCCCGAGUGAGCCGCAUCCCGUAAACUAAAGAUUAAGGACGCAUGUAUAAACACAGUGUCUCCCCUGGUUUUGGCUUUAUCCUUCUCUAGAUCCUGGCACCUUAGUUGUUUGUAUGGGGGAUCUAUUUGAAGUGGAGAUUUUUGCAACAAGGAGAGAGGUUAAGUGGGGGAAAAAAAAGAAAGAGAUGUAAAGAGUAAACAUGAAAUGAAUACAAAGAUUACAGAAGUGAGAAGUAAAGAUAGUAAGUUGUGUUGUGUUACAAAGAUGAUAUUCAACCAUUUGUUCUCUUACAGUGUGAAUAUUUCUUCUAGAAAAAGUUAUGCAGUUUGAUUUGUCUUUA